UUGUUCCUCAUCCAUCUCCCAAUUAACAAACCUAACUCUUUCUCUUGACAAGAGCGCAAGCUCGAAGGCGCUCUUGUUCUUUCUUUCUUUCUUCAUUUUCUCCUUUUGUCACCAAAACCCUCAUAGUACAAUUUAUAACUCUCUAAUUCACACACCAAAAUGGCUAUUAAACUUGCAAUUCUAUUUACCACAUUUGUCCUUUUUAGCCUUGCCGACGCUAGAAUCCCCGGCGUUUACUCCGGCGGUGCGUGGCAAAACGCACACGCCACUUUCUACGGUGGCAGUGACGCCUCUGGCACUAUGGGAGGAGCGUGUGGUUACGGUAACCUAUACAGCCAAGGGUACGGGACCAACACGGCAGCUUUGAGCACGGCGCUGUUUAACAACGGUAUGAGUUGUGGAGCCUGCUUUGAGCUAAAAUGCGCCAACGACCCUCAAUGGUGCCACUCUGGUAGUCCUUCGAUCCUCAUCACCGCAACCAAUUUCUGCCCACCAAACUUGGCUCAGCCCAGCGACAACGGAGGAUGGUGCAACCCGCCACGUGAACACUUCGACCUAGCCAUGCCUGUCUUCCUCAAGAUUGCUCAAUAUCGCGCCGGCAUUGUCCCUGUCUCAUACCGCAGGGUGCCAUGUAGAAAGAGAGGAGGAAUAAGGUUCACAAUCAACGGUCACCGUUACUUCAACUUGAUUCUGAUUACAAACGUGGCUGGGGCAGGAGACAUAGUGAGGGCAAACGUGAAAGGUUCAAGGACUGGUUGGAUGAGUUUGAGCAGGAACUGGGGUCAAAACUGGCAAUCCAACGCUGUUCUGGUUGGUCAGGCACUCUCGUUCCGCGUCACGGGCAGUGACCGUAGGACAUCUACUUCGUGGAACAUGGUUCCUUCUAACUGGCAGUUUGGUCAAACCUUUGUCGGGAAGAAUUUCAGGGUUUAAGGCCGAGUUUCGAGAAACUCGAAAAAUUGGAGGAAAUCGAAAUAUAUAAUUAAAGUGGUUCGAGACAAAAGAAAACUCUCCGCUAAUUUCGCUAUUCCUCCUUUUUAUUUUUAGUUUUUUUUUUCCUUUAAUUUUAUGGUAUAUGGGAAAAGGAGAGAAGGUGAAAGUAUCUUUGACUUUUGUGUGUGUUUUCACUUUUUUUUUUUUUGUGGUUUGGUGUUUUUAAUUUGUGUGAGUGGGUAAAGGGGGGGAUAUGUGGGACAGAAAGUGAGAGUAGCUGAAGUGGCUGUGAGAAAAUUUUGUAACAGCCCGCAGCUAUUAACGUGUUUUACAUCUUUGGGUUGUAAGUUACAACUUGUAACGUUUAAUUUCUGUGUAAUCCAAAAAGAAACAUGGUUGUAUUAUGAUA